CUCUCAAACCCUCCGGUAAAGCAGAUUCGAGGUGCGCUGCUGUUGUAAUUAUAAUUGCAGUGAAACCCUCUUCCUAAUAUUCGGAAUCCACGAAAAGCUUGUAGCAGUUGAAAGGAUUCUUUUACAGAGAAGAGGAGUUACUGAAGAAUCACGAAAACCCUCGUGUUUUGCCGAUGAAAUGGUGUUGAGAGCUGCAGUUUCUUCCCUCUCUUCAUUGUGUUGCUUCCACCGUCCUGCCAGAACGAGUAUUCUCUCUAUACGCUCUGUUCAUUCUUUUUAUGAGGAUUUAGCUGGAGUGAAUAUACUUGAUUCUGAAAUUGUACAGAAGUCUAACUCUGAUUGUCGUGAUCAGGUCAUCGAGUUUGAAGCUUUUGUGACUGAUUUGUGUCAGUCAAAUUAUGUCUGUUAUGAAGACGCAUUGGGUUUGUUUAAUCAAAUGGUUGAGUUACGGCCAACGCCGUCGAUUUAUACGUUUAGUCUUGUUUUAAGAGCAAUUUACAGUAAUAAGCGGUACUCUACUGUGGUUUCUCUGUAUAGGAAGAUGCUUUCGAUCGGAAUCACGCCGGAUAAGUACACACUCACUGUUCUGCUUCACUGCUAUUGCCAUUUGAAUUUUGUUGAUAUGGGUUUUGCAGUUUUCGGAUGUAGGCUGAAACGGGGUUAUGAUCCCGACACUGUAAUUUUUACUUCCUUGAUUAAGGGUCUCUGUAGUGGUGACAGGAUAGUUGACGCAAGUAUAUUGCUUGAGAAGAUGAGAGAAUUGGGUUGCCCACCUGAUGUGAUUACAUAUGGAUUUGUCAUUAAUGGGUUUUGCCGAUCCGGAAAGACUGCUAUGGCUCUUGGGUUACUUAGGGAAAUGGAGCAGCUUGGUUGCAAACCAAAUGUGAUCGCCUACAACAUGGUUAUUGACCGUCUAUCGAAAGAUGGAUCAGUGAAUGUGGCACUGGGGGUGUUACAAGAAAUGACCCACAAGAGUAUUUCACCGGAUGUCACUACUUACAGUUCUCUCAUUCAUGGGUUAUGCUUAUCAGGCCAUCAUAAAGAGGCCACAAGAUUUUUCUAUCGAAUGAUGUAUCAACGCAUUCGACCUAAUGUGAUAACAUAUAACAUAUUGAUGCAUGCUCUCUGCAAGGAAGGGAUGGUCCGAGAAGCGCAUGGACUGUUGUUUGUGAUGAUUCGAAAAGGGGAAAACCCCAAUAAGGAGUCAUAUAACACCUUGAUGGGUGGGUAUUGCUCAGUAGGCAAGGUAGAUAUUGCUGUCAAGCUCUUUGAUUCCUUGGUGACUAAGGAUUUUGAGUUGGAUGUUGUCAGCUAUAAUGCAUUAAUUAAUGGGUUUUGCUGUAGUGGGAGAAUAGAUGAGGCUGUGAAGUUGUUUGAGAAAAUGCUUCACAAGGGAUUGGAGCCCACUACUAUCCAUUACACCACUCUAAUGCAUGGAUUUUUUGAAGUUGGUAGAGUUGAGGCAGCACAGGCUCUAUUCAAUGAGAUGGUAGAUAAAGGAAUUUCUCCAGAUGUUGUCUCUUAUAAUUCCUUAGUUCAUGGUCUUUGUGAUCUGGGUUUUAUGAAGGAAGCUAAAGAGUUGCUGUAUGACAUGGUGAAAAGAGGAAUUUUUCCAAAUGUUGUCACUUAUAGUUCUCUCAUACAUGGUUACUGCAAUUUGGGACAGUUGCAAGAAGCAAGUAGAGUUUUGGGCGAAAUGCUUAAUCAAGAAAUCCUUCCUGAUGUCCUGACAUUUAACAUAUUAAUGACUGGACUUUGUGAGGAAAGGAAGACUAAAGAAGCACACAGGCUGUUAGAAAUGAUGAUCCAAAGAAGCAAUGAACCUGAUAGAGUUACAUACCAUAUAUUGAUAGAUGGAUGUUUUUCGGCUGGUGAAAUAGAUGAUGCCAUAAUGCUCUUUGAUUCCAUGUUGGCAAGAGGGCUUACUCAUGAUCUUAUCAGCUAUACUACAUUGAUAAAUGGGUAUUGCAAGAAUAGAAGAAUAGACAAGGCUGUAAAGAUUUUUAGGGAAAUGCCCUCAAAAGGACUGAAAGCUACAGUUGUUACCUACAGUACUCUGCUUGGUGGAUUGUGCCAGUCUGGUAGGGUUGAGGCUGCACGUAAUCUCUUGAGUGAGAUGGUGAAUCGAGGGAUUUCUCCAAAUGUAAUCACUUACAAUUCAAUGAUUCAUGGACUUUGCAGUUCAGGUUUGUAUAAGGAAGCCAGGGAAUUUUUUAAUGACAUGGUUGAUAGAGGAAUUUCACCAGAUGUCCUCACUUAUAACCAUGUAAUUCAUGCCUAUUGCAUUUCAUGCCAUUGGGAAGAAGUCUCUAAAUGUCUUUCAGAAAUGAUGGUUCGAAGAAUUUGCCCGAAUGUUACAACAUUCAACAUAUUGAUGGAUGCUCUUUGCAAAGAGGGAAAGGUUGGAGAAGCACAUGCAUUCUUUGUUCAAAUGACUUAUAUAGGUGAGAAGCCUGAUAUGAUGUCAUAUAAUACAUUAAUGGAUGGAUAUUCUUCGGCAGGCCAAGUGGAUGAUGCCUUAAAACUAUUUCAUCUUAUGCUGGCUAAUGGUCUUGUGCCAGAUUUUGUCACUUACCAUGUGUUAAUUACUGGGUAUUGCAAGACUAAGAGAAUAGAUGAGGCUUUGAGGUUCAUUCAGGAAAUGAACAACAAGGGCCUGAAGCCCACAACAAGUGUAUACAAUACGUUACUAGAUGGACUUUGGGAAGCUGGUAAAGUUGAAGCUGCACAAACACUAUUCAAUGAAAUGGUACCAGAUAUUGUAACCUACAACACAAUGAUCAAUGGCCUUUGUAGGAGGGAGCUGCUCGUAGAGGCUACAAGAUUGUUUGCAGAAAUGGAAGAAAAGGGCUACCUGCCAAAUACAGUUACAUUUAAUACCAUGGUCCAUGGGUUUUGUCGAAUCAAUGAGAUCCACAAAGCAAUGAAAUUUCUCCAGAAGAUGGCAGAAAGAGAUGUUCCACCUGAUAAAUGUACUGUUUCUAUUAUAGUUGAUUUUCUGUCAAAGGUUGAAAAGCAUCAAGAACUAAAGGAAUCACUCCUUACAUUUUUCCCAAAGCAUUAUGGAGAUGUUACAAGUGUUUCAUCAUUGAUUUCAUCUGUCAAGGGCCGCUUAAUUUUUGGUGAAGAAUUUGAUACAGUAAAGCAAUCAUCUGAAAGAUCCAUUGAGUGAAAGUAAGUUUACAUAAUGAAGCAAGUAUUUUUCAAUAUCUGAAGCACUUAGAUAAUUUGAUGGAUUAAUUGUUUAAAGGAGAAUAUGUCUUGAGUUUUCUAUUCUUUUUUUCCUUUAGGUAGAAGCUGGGAUUGAGAAGUUUCCUUAAAAGUUGCCGCAAGAAGCACCAUCCAAGUGAGCAUAUCACUUUCAAUUUUAUAGACAUGAUGGCUGAAAUUUGAUGUGAGCAAAGGACCUUGGGGUCUACCAAUCCUCAAAAUUUGCAUCCCAUCUGACAUACCAUUUGGCAGAUAUAGUGGCCAAUCAGAUAAACCUCUCUAGUUAAUGCAGUGAUGUAUUGAUUGUGAUGAUUGUGGGCAUGCUACUGUCAUUCAGGGUAAACUUGUGCCUAUAUGUUGGAUGGUUUAAUUCUGAAGAUGAGAAUUACAUCUUACAUCUUUCCAAAGCAUGAUGGAAAAGUUGAAUGAUUAGUGCUUCAUCAUUGAUUUCAUCUAUAAAAGGCCACUUAACGUCUGAUGAAGAUUUUGGUACGGUACAACAAUCAUUGAAAAGAUAUAAUGAGUUAAAGUGAGUUGUCUCCUUUACAAAUGAAGCAUUUAUAUUUCAAUACUUGAAGCACUUGGAUAAAUUGAUGACGAAUGGGUUAAAGAAGGAGAAUGCCUCAUGAAUUUCCUAUCCUUUUUCGUUUGAUGGAAUCUGGGUUGAGAAGUUCUCUUCAAAAUUGCUGCAAUGGGCACUGUCCAAAUGAGCAUGUUACUUUAAAUGUUACAGACAUGAUGGUAAUUUCUCUCUCUCUCUCCCCACAUUUCACCGUCUCUUCUGCAUAUAUAUAUAUAUGUAUACUGGCAAACGUCUUCAUCAACUGGCCUCAAGCUGCCCUGUUUUAUUAUCUUUCCCUUUUCCCUGUUUCACUGGCUCUUUUACUUCAGGACUAGGAUUUGAGUAACUAUUUAUUUCUCUGUCUUCC